AGCUCUCCUUUCCCUUCUCUACCUCUGAGAAAGAAAUAACAAGGUCCGUCUGAAGGUGUGAGCUUGAAAGGGUUUUAGAAGAAGACCAACAGCAAAGCAAUGAAGGAAACAAGGAGCACAAAACGCAAGAGAGAAAAACAUGGAAAACCUCAAAAUAUGGCUUCUGCCUCCUCGAAAAUAUCAAAGUCAUCCUCUAAUUUUCUCGACAAGAUGCGAGCAAGAUUAUCAGGUGGCCACUUCAGGAUGAUUAAUGAAAAGCUCUACACUUGCACUGGAGAUGAAGCUCUCGACUAUUUUAAAGAAGACCCAUCGUUGUUUGAUAUGUAUCAUACCGGAUAUCAAGAACAGAUGUCACAUUGGCCCGAGCAGCCAGUGAACAUAAUCAUACAGUGGCUAAAAGCUCGCAGCUCUUCUUUAGUUGUUGCUGAUUUUGGCUGCGGGGAUGCACGCCUUGCAAAAAAUGUGAAGAAUAAAGUUUUCUCUUUCGAUCUUGUGUCCAAUGAUCCUUCAGUAAUUGCUUGUGAUAUGUCAAAUACACCCCUUGAUGCUUCAUCCAUAGACGUUGCUGUCUUUUGCCUCUCAUUGAUGGGGACUAACUUUCCAAGUUACCUUGAGGAAGCGCACAGAGUUCUGAAGCCCAGUGGGUGGCUUUUGAUAGCAGAAGUAAAAAGCAGAUUGGAUCCAAACACUGGAGGAGCAGACCCAAAAAUGUUUUCAAAGUCCAUAUCUGAUCUAGGAUUUACCUCAACGUUAAAGGAUUUCUCAAACAAAAUGUUUGUUUUGCUAUAUUUCCAGAAGAAGGAAAAAGAAACUUCGACAAGAAAAGGAAUUGAAUGGCCUGAGUUGAAACCUUGUUUGUACAAGCGUCGGUGAUAUCAUCAGAGGUUGCCCUUAUCAGGUUACUGGUGCAUGAACUUAACACUGCAUUAUCAGCAGUAUCGAUUUUGAUAAAGUUUGUAAAACUUUUAUUUCUUUAGAUUUCUAAUCAUGUGCUGUAUUAGAUGCCAAGAUUCUGUGACUUGGAAUACCUUUCUUCUUGAGUUUAUAGCAUGGGAAAAUGUAUUUUUUAUAUUA